AUGCCGGCCGUGCCGCUGGCGCAGGCUCGCUCACCGACCGCAGAGAAAAUGGCGCAGGCGUACGACUUCGCCCUGGACAAGAUCGGCCUGGACUACCACUCGUUCCCCGUGUGGAGCGAGUACGUGGCUUUCCUCAAGGCGGCAGAGGCUGUCGGCUCGUACGCCGAGAACCAGAAGAUCUCGGCUAUCAGGAAGGUGUACCAGCGCGGCGUCGUGACGCCCAUGAACAACGUGGAAAUUCUCUGGAAGGACUACAUGACGUUCGAGAACAGCAUCAACCCAAUCAUCGCCGAGAAGAUGAGCAUGGAGUACACGCGCGACCACAUCAACGCCAAGCGCGUGGCGCGCGAGAUGGAGAACGAGAUUCGGGGCUUGAACCGCAACUUUCCCAGCGUGCCGCCCACCGGUAGCCCCGAGGAGCAGAAGCAGAUCUCCGCCUGGAAGAAGUACAUCGCCUGGGAGAAGGGUAACCCGCUGCGCACGGAGGACAUGAGCCUGUGGACGCGGCGCGUGACGUACGCGUUCGAGCAGUGCCUGCUGUGCCUGGGCCAUCAUCCGGAUGUGUGGCACGAGUACGCCGUCUUCCUGCAGGAGGCUGCCCAGCUCAUGACGGACAAGGGGGAUGUGAACGGCGCCAAGCUGAUCUCGGACGACAUCGCGACCGUGUUCGAGCGCGCCACCCAGGGGCCAAUGCGGCGCUGCAUGCUCAUCUACUUCGCCUACGCCGACUUCGAGGAGACGCGCAUGAGCAACGAGAAGGUGCACAAGAUCUACAGCAGCCUGAUCGACGUGGAGGACAUCGACCCGACGUUGGGCUACAUCCAGUACAUGAAGUUCGCGCGCCGCGCCGAGGGCAUCCAGUCGGCGCGCAAGGUGUUCAAGAAGGCGCGCGAGGACAAGCGCUCGCGCCACCACAUGUACGUGUCGGCGGCGCUCACCGAGUAUUACUGCAGCAAAAACAAGGAGGUCGCCUUCAAGGUGUUUGAGCUGGGCCUGAAGAAGUUCGGGGACAGCACCCAGUACAUCCUGUGCUACAUCGACUACCUGUCCCAUCUGAAUGAGGACAACAACACGCGCGUGCUGUUCGAGCGCGUACUCAGCUCUGGCAUGCUGGAUGAGCUCAGCUCUGUGGAGGUGUGGAAUCGCUUCAUGGAGUUCGAGUGCAACAUCGGCGACCUCACAAGCAUCGUCAAGGUGGAGAAGCGGCGCACCGCCAUCUUACAUCAGCUGCGGGAGUACGAGGGCAAGGAGACAGCGCUGUUGGUGGACCGCUACCGCUUCCUGGACCUGUACCCCUGCAGUCGGCAGGAGCUUAGGGCCAUCGGCUACCAGCCUCGGUUCAGCACAACGAGCUCAGCGGCGGCGGUCGGCAGCGGUGCCGCUGACUGCGUCCCUGGCGACGACGAGAAGAAGCUGCCGCGACCAGACUUCGCUCAGAUGGUGCCGUACAAGCCGAAACAGUACUGGGUGCCCGGCGAACACCCCAUUCCUGGCGGUGGGUUCCCGCUGCCACCGGCCGCGUACGCGCUCUGUCAGAUGAUGCCGCCGCCGCGCUGCUUCCACGGCCCCUUCGUCGGCGUGGACGCCCUGCUGGCGAUCUUCGAGAAGCUGGAGCUGCCGGACAGCGCGCCCGAGCCGGGCGGCGCCAACGGCCAGAGCGCCUCCCAGUUCGAAAUGGCCAAGUCCAUACACUGGAUCGUCGACCGAGACAGCGAUAAGCGCGUCAGGAAGCGCGCCAACGACUCUGACGACGACGACAUGCAGGCGCCGCCCGCCAACGACAUCUACCGGCAACGCCAGCAGAAGCGCGUCAAGUGAGAGCCAUCCAACGGCCGCGGAAAAUGGCAGUGGUUGUACAAAGGUCCGGUAGAGGGCUCGUCGGGAGGCGCUGUGCUGGCAGGUCGGCGGCGAGCAGGGCGUGUCGUGGUCGCAUUGCAGGAGUGAUGCAGUUCGCCCGGUCGCCAUGUGUGAGAGCUCGCUACGUGCCGGAGCUCGUGCGCGCUUGAACGCCGCCGAGGCGGCACGGGCCUUGUUCAAAAGAGCGGGCUUUCGUCCCCCGCGCCGCCCCCACGCUGCGACAAGCGCCGUUGGACCGCCCGUGGAUGUCGGGCGCCGUUUUAUCGCGCAUUGCAUUCUGGUGGUCUUUGCACCGCGGCCGGCUGGCCGAACGCUGCCCAUUGUGUCGGUGUAGCUGCUGACUAGGAUGCAA